AUGGCCGGUACUAGCUCGAAGCGCAACUCGCGCGGCCGCCCUUCCGAGCCCGAAGCGCCGCCAGCACGCACGCGCAAAGUGCAGUUUGGAGGUGCCGAUGAGGAAGCAGACAGCAGCACUUCGGGCUCGGCACCAAUCGAACUCAAUCCGGAUGUCGUCAAGGCGCUUAUCAGCGAUGCCAGAACCAUUCUUGCGGAUCUUGGACCUCAGCUGUCCGCUCGCUCUCCUACAAAGUUGGCAACGAGCGCCUUCGACAUCUCGCCGGAGAAUCUGUCGCUGCACACGCUCCGCGACCAGUUGCUCUCCAAAUCCGAUCGCAAUCAUCAGAGGCGUCUCUUCGGCGACAAUGCAUCUCCGGCCAAGCGCAGACGCAGCAGCAUGUCGCAAUUCGCUUCCGAAGGCGAGCUCGACAUCAACUGGGCCGUGUACAAGGAAUGGCCCGAAGGACUGAACGAGGAGGAGAGGCUUUUGCUUGACUACUUCAAGAAGCUCAAGUUCAUCUACUUGGAGCAAGAGACCAAGAUGCGCUUCAUGGCCGACAUUCAGGACGACCUCGAUUCCGGCAAAGAGGCGACCGUCUACUCGGCCGCCGAGGUCGCAGAACGCGAACGCUCGGCCAAGGCGCUCAAGACGCAACUCACCGAUGCCAAGGCCGAAGUGCGCGCGCUCCGAAAGGAGGUGGAUGCGGCGGCCGACGAGCUCUUUGAGCCGUGGCAGCAGGUGGAGCGAGACAGUCGCGAGGCCGAACAGCUCAUCAAGGAGAUCGGCGACAUGGAGCUCGAGUUGGCCAAAAUCCGAGCCCAGAACCACGGAAAGGGCGGCAAUGUUGCCGCCAUCGCCGGUCGCGACGGGCCUCUGACCACCAGCGAGGCCGAGGAGUACUGUGAUGCGCAGAUCAACGACAUGACAGCGUUGGAGGGCAAGACGACCGACGUCAAGAGAGCCAUCGAGACGACCAAGAAGGACCUCGUCUCGUCGCUCCGAGCGCUCGAUAGGAUCAACGCCGAACGCUCGCUCGCCGAAAAGUUUGCCAACGAGGCCAAGAUGGGCAUGGGCGUCGAUGGCGGCCGCGAUCUCGAGACCGAACGCCUGUGCGCCAGCCACAUCGCCACCAUCGGCCUUCUCAAGUCGCUGCUCGGCGUCGACGAGAUCGAGGCCAUCUCGGCCAACGAGAUCCGCAUCACCUACAAACUCCCGCUCGAUUCCGCGGCGCUCAACCCGCAGAUGCAGAACGGCGAGGCCAAGGCUUCCGCGCCGCGACGCAAGCGCAAGUCGAUCGCACUUCCCGAUCAAUCGCUCGUGCACGUCAACCUGCGCUUCAAGGAUGUCGGCGGCCGCAUCGACAACGUCGCCGUGACCUCGUCCAAGGGCGAGCAGUACCACAUGCCAGAGGCUUCCUUGGCGCGUCUGCGCGCGCUCCAGAAGGCCAACGACGUGCCCUUGAUCGUCCAAGAGGUGCUCGCCGCUUUCUGA